GGGCUGGAGAGCCCUACGCAGCCCGUGUCCCCGCAUUGCACUCUGCUGGCCAGGUCUGACUCCUUGUUCCCAACCCCAAAAUGGGUGCGGUGCGAGUGCACCCUCUUCUGUCCUGAUUACAACCUAGAAUGGUCAGGGCUGGCCUGGGUGAUGAUGGGACAGACAUCAAAGCCUAGAGGAGGCGCCAGACCCAGCCCAGAGUUCCAGAAAGACUUCCAGGGCAAAGGACCUCUAAUCUACCAUGCUCAAACCAAAUUUCAGAUUCUCUGCUCUAACCUUACCCUUCUCACAAUAUUUCCCCAUUCUUCCCUAACCCCCACCUCCUUGCUAAGAAAUGGCCUCACUAUCCUUCCAAACGCUUAAGCCAAAACAAAAACUUGGACUUAUCCCGAGUCCUCUGUUUCUCUCAUCCACUGCCCUCCCCCAAGACUUUUAAGAAUCCCAUCUGCUUUGUCUCCGGAAGAGAUCCAGAACUGGACCUCUUCUCCCACUGUCUCCACUCUGCUUCGAGCUCUCGCUGCUGCUUACCUGGAGCUGCUGGAGCCUCCUCACUGGUCUGCCCAUGCCGGUCAGCCCUUGCCGCGCUUCGCCCUCUAUUCGCACGCAGACCAAGGGAUCCUGUGAAAAUAUAAAGUAGAUCCUGGCUUCUCCUGUGCUGGCUGAAGACUGUUCCAAAUAACGGGUUUACUCUGGGCGCCUCGGGCGGCAAGGACUCCACCGUGCUGGCGCACGUGCUGCGCGAGCUGGCCCCGCGCCUGGGCAUCUCGCUGCGCCUCGUGGCCGUGGACGAAGGCAUCGGCGGCUACCGGGACGCGGCGCUGGCGGCCGUGCGGCGGCAGGCGGCGCGCUGGGAGCUCCCGCUCACCGUCGUGGCCUACGCAGACCUCUUCGGGGGCUGGACGAUGGACGCCGUGGCCCGCAGCACGGCCGGUUCCGGCCGCAGCCGCGCCUGCUGCACCUUCUGCGGGGUCCUGAGGCGCCGGGCUCUGGAGGAAGGGGCGCGCCUCGUGGGAGCCACGCACGUCGUGACGGGACACAACGCCGACGACAUGGCCGAGAUGGUGCUCAUGAACUUCCUGCGGGGCGACGCGGGCCGCCUGGCGCGGGGCGGGGGCCUGGGCUCGCCCGGCGAGGGGGGCGCCCUGCCGCGCUGCCGCCCGCUGCAGCUGGCCUCGCAGAAGGAGGUGGUGCUGUACGCGCACUUCCGCCGCCUCGACUACUUCUCCGAGGAGUGCGUGUACGCGCCUGAGGCCUUCCGCGGCCACGCGCGCGACCUGCUCAAGCAGCUGGAGGCGGCGCGGCCGUCGGCGGUGCUGGACCUCGUGCACUCGGCCGAGCGCCUGGCGCUGGCCCCGGCCGCGCGGCCCCCGCCCCCCGGCGCCUGCAGCCGCUGCGGGGCGCUGGCCAGCCGCGCGCUCUGCCAGGCCUGCGCCCUCCUGGACGGCCUGAACCGCGGCCGGCCCCGCCUGGCCAUCGGCAAGGGCCGCCGGGGGCUGGACGAGGAGGGCCCGCCGGGGGCGCCGCCGCGGGAGCCGUCCGGGCGCCCGGCCUCCGAGCGCGCCCCCGCCUUCUAGAGACGCCCGCCCGCCCGAUCUGCGCUGCGAUCCGAGGGACGUGGCGAUCCGACGCCGUGGCGAUGAGACUGUGAAGAAACCCGAGUCACCCUCGGCCGGGCUGCGCGUGAGCUUGGGAGUGGGCCGGGAUGCUGUUACCUGGGACACUGAGGAAGCUGGGGCUCCGGGUGCCUGGGGCUGGGGAGGAGGGACGGGGGCCUGGGGUUGCCCCUGGGUCUCAGACAGGAGAGGACUCAACGACUUUCGACUCCGGAGCGAGUGGAAAUGAGGGGGCCGCUUGCCGGCACCUCUGCGGGGUCUGGGCCUGCUCAGGCAGUCCUAGUCCUUCUUGAGCGCCUACUGUGUGCCUGAUGGUCCAUGUUUGCUUGCAGUCGGAUAAGUAAGCCCACGUGACUUCAUGUCAAUUACAGUAACCAUGACAAUUCUGUGCGAGUACUCCUCAUGCUGCGGGCGCUGCACCAUCUCAUCUGCGCCAGGAUCUCAUUGCCUGUAGCCUGAGAUCCAUAACUGGCCUGAGGUCACCUCGCUGGAGAGAGACCCAGCUGGGGGCGGUGGACGUGCCUUGGCCCUCUUCUUACCCAUUUUAGACUCUGUUAUGUGUGGUCACUGGAGCACCUAGGUGAGAAUGGCACCUUCCCAGAACCAGCAUCCAGGAAGUAGCUCUGACUCCACUUGGGCGUCCUGGGGUGGAGAAGGUGCAAGGAUGCACAGACCUUCUGCGUCCUCACAACCAUAAGAGGCGUGUUGGGGAGAGGGCGACUCAGGGACACUCAGGUGCCAGUUGUUGCAUGCCCUGCCUCCUCGCCAGACCCUAGCAUUGGGGGAGAGGGAUUGUGCUCAGACUCCAGGGUCCCCAGGAUAUGGAUGUCAGGUGUCUGGGUCAGCACUUGGGAUGGACAGAGGGAACCAGAGCUCAGAACAGUAUGACAGGAGUUCCUGUUGUGGCUCAGUGAAAACGAAUCCAACUAGGAACCAUGAGGACAUGGAUUUGAUCCCUGGCCUUGUUCAGCUGGUUAAGGAUCCGGCGUUGCUGUGGCUGUGGUGUAGGCUGGCAGCUGUAGCUCCGAUUUGACCCCUAGCCUGGGAACCUCCAUAUGCCUCAGGUGUGACCCUAAAAAGCCCCCCCAAAAAAAGUGUGACACCAGGAGGAUACUUAUUGCCAUCCCCCAAUGUCCUGCUUGUCCAGAUGCCAGAGGUCCUGGCACCUUUGUUACUCAUGAAGCAGUCACAGGUGGAGGUCCUCAAAAGGAAGUGGAAAUGGCCCAAAGUCCUUGGUCCUCUUUUGCAGUAUUUUUGUUUGUUUGUUUGGGGGGAGGGGUUGGCCACGCCCAUGGCAUGCAAAAGUUCCUGGGCCAGGGAUUGAACCUGUGCCACAGCAGCAACCCCAGCCACAGCAGUGAUAAUGCUGGACCUUAACACACUGAACCAUCAGGGAACUCCUCUUGUAGCUUUUGACCUGGUCUGUUUGUGGGCAUAGGAGGAUCAUGGUCUAUGUGGCUCCUUCCAUAAAUUAGAUGCAGCCUCUUCUAGAAUAAACCUAGAAAUUUCCAGAUGAGAGAAGGUCCAAGCGUGAGGAAGCCCUUUGUCCUACACAGUGUCCCCAGUUCUCAUCCCUGCAGAUCCUGCCCUUCAUGCUUCUCCAAGUUGUACCCCAACGUGAAGACCAAGGACCCUACAUAAAGUCUCACAUGUUGCAGGAGUUCCGGUCGUGGCGCAGUGGUUAACGAAUCCGACUAGGAACUAUGAGGUUGCAGGUUUGAUCCCUGGCCUUGCUCAGUGGGUUACGGAUCUGGCAUUGCCAUGAGCUAUGGUGUAGGUCGUAGAUGUGGCUCAGAUCCCACGUUGCUGUGGCUCUGGUGUAGGCCGGUGACUGCAGCUCCUAUUGGACCCCUAGCCUGGGAAUCUCCAUGUGCCAUGGGAGCAGCCCUAGAAAAGGAAAAACAAAACAAACAAACAAACAAAAAGUCGCGUGUUGCAGCCCACUUGCCACUCACAGCAGGGGAAGUGGCAGCAACUUGGGCUUGGAUGGGGCAAGUCUGGGACCCCCUGACUCCACCCGAUCAGUUCCUUCUUUCUGGAGAUCAGGGGCAGCUGCAGAGGCAGGAGGCAUCUGGACUCUCUCUGGACUCGGCUGCCCCAGUCCGACCUCAUUCAGAAGCUCCCUUUCUCCCCCAAGAGAAGCCCUGGUGUCUUCUCACCCCAAGUGGCUUCUUCCAUCCCACUCUCCACUCACUGCCUCUCCCACGUGUCCAUUCUCAUCCCCCUCGGAAAAUGGAUGGAGUGUGGUCUCGCUCUGCUCUCUUACAUCUCUUGGACCACUCGUUCGGAGCAGGAGGGCGUGGGGGCCAGGACCUACCUGAAACAGAAUCUUCUCUCUACUCCGUCUCUAAGCCCUGGUCUGAUCACACAAGAAGCCUCAAGAAGGGAUGGCUGAACUCAGACGCAUCUGCAAGCGCCCCCUAGUGACCAGAGUCUGAAACGGAGAACUGGGGUGCUGGCUCCAGCCCCAGGAGUGAGUGUGAUGUUUGCAGGUUUCUGGUGUCAAUUUGAGUGCAGAAAGCCACCGGACUUGUUUGUGGGUCUGAGCCCAUUCUCAAGUUUCCCAGGAGCCCUGCACUCCCACUUUCAGAAUAAGUUCUAACUACCAUACAAUUCCUCCAGCCCCAGAAAGCCUCUCCUCUGGAUGGCAUCUAUCAUAUCAAAUCUACCCCCACUGCUACUUUUUCUUGACUCUGCCUGGCUUUCUCUGUCCUUCAUGAAAAGUCUCCGUGCUGUGGUCCACUGGGGCCACCAGAUCCUUUCCCUCAUCUGACUGCUUACCCUUCAUGGAGAAUGAAGGAAGAUUUGGAAUUUAUUUCUGUGACCCAUCAGCUUAACCAGACUUCUGAUACUUCAGUCCUUUCUUUGAGCUGAAUCAGGACGUGGCAGAGCACCAAGCACAGAAAAUGACCGUAAGACAUGGUCUUGGUUAUCCAGAGCUCCAUGAUAGCAUGAGGAGGGAUUAAAAGUAACAGCACAAUAUCAACCGACUGGAAACUGAUGGGAGGAAGAGGAGGAAUCAGACACAAAGGUUUUCUGCAGGGGGUGAGGGGGAAGGAAUCCAGUGGCUUGUGAGAAAUGCAGUUUCUGAGGUUAAAUCCCCUCUUCUCAAGGAUGAGGUUUUCAGGGGGAGAAUAAGGAGGAGCUUGGCAGUUCUCUGACCAGCUCCUCUGUCCUGUAGGACAGAAUCUCACCGACCCCCUUCCCCAGCCCUCUUUCCGCGGCAUCUGAGACAGGUCCGGAUCUGCCCCUAGGGGGCGCUCCACCCACCGUACCCGACCUGGGGAGCACCUCACAGAGGGGUUGACGCUGUCCAUGGUUCUGGAGCAUAGCGGGGCUCUGCGUUCAGGAAAUCUUCAACUCUGCCAAAGAUCCCACCCCUCAGGCACAAGGUCUCCAGCCAUAGGCCAGAAGGACACCUAAGUUGGAGGGACAUCAGAAAGGCUUUCUUGUGCACAUUUCAUUGACCUGCUUUCUCUCAUACACGUGAACAGUUAUUUCUUAACGUGCUGUACAAAUAAUUGAAGAUUCAUUAGCAGUAUAACUAUAGAGCAAUGCUGCCAGUCCCCUUCAGACAAAUUUUUUAAAAAAAUUCAGAAUUAGAAUUAUGUGGAAAAGUGAAAUUCAAGCACUAUUAUUGGUUUAUAAUAAUUUUAAUAAGGUGAAAAUAUCUAGUCCCUUAAAUGAAACUGGGGGGAGGGGAAAUGUGCAUUACUAAAGAUAGUGAUGAAAUGGUUUUGGUGAACUUAAAAAGUUAAUUUAGUAAAUGUAACAUAAUCAGAUAGAAAGCAACAAUAAGAUUGGCUCAAUUAUCUAUAUAUCGGUGUUCUGCUUGCAGGAUUGCCUACAUAAAAUGCCAUACCACAUGCCAUUCUGUAUGUGUCUGUGUAUGCAUCUUAGAAAAUAAAACAUUUUUAAAAUUAAAAAA